AUGUCGUCUCAAAGUAAACCAAUGCGCUCCGGCUCCUCUAUCGGUGCACCGGGUAUCCCGACCUCCAUGUCCGACCAACGCAGUCAGUACGAUCCCGCAACCACCGGGUAUAACAGCGCCACCGGCGCAGGGUACAAAACCGGAGCCGGCGGAUCCGACCAAGACUAUUAUCGUCCAGCCUCACCGACAGGGAGCUUUGAUGCACCGGCGGGCGACUCUAGGAUUAACCAUGCGCCUAGCACGGCGGAGCGAGUGAAGAUGGAGAAGGAAAUGGAGAAGGCGCAGAAACAACAUGGCUCUCAACCCCACUCUCACGGCGAGGGUCUUGGUAAGGGAAUUAGAGGUGUUGCAGCCGGAGUUCAUGGCGCUGGAGAGACACUACGUGGGGCGCUUAAUGCGACUGUCGAUCGGGCAUUUGGGUCCCAUGAAAGUGCGGAAUGGAAUGAGGAAAUUGAGCGUCGGGGAGAACAGGAGAUCUUAUCGAAAGAUUUUCAGAAAACGCCUCGCCGUGAUGGAUCAAAAUGA